AUGGCAACGCUCAACCCUCCCGUCCGCCGCGCCCCGUCUGCCACCGUCACCAAGGCGAAGUCCGCCAAAGCGGCCACCAAACCGAAAGGCCCUUCAAGCAAGCGUCCCAACCGCCCGACGGCUUUGGAUCGCCGGGUCGAAGAGCUCCGGCGUGUUGAGAUCGAUUACAUCCCCAACGACAGCUUUUGCUUGGCCAACGACGAGCCGACUGGCCUAGCCGCCGAAGUCGAGCGUGGCGACGCUCCUGCCGAAGCCCUCGCCGCGGGUCUGCCAGCGCAUCUCGGCCGCAUGUCUGCGACGCGACUGCUCACCCCAGAGGAGGAACGUGACCUCUUCCGCCGGAUGAACUAUUGCAAGUUCCGGGCGCAGGCGUUGCGGUCGAAGCUCGGCCGCACGGCGCCCUCGGCGGCUCGGGUCGCCGAGAUCGAGGAUUGCUUGCGGCGUGUGACGCGGCUGCGGAACCACCUGAUCCAGGCGAACACCCGACUCGUGAUGUCGAUCGCCCGGCGGUUCGCCAACAGCUCGAACUCCUUCGACGACCUCCUGAGCCACGGCAUCGUUUCGCUGAUGCACGCCAUCGAAAAGUUCGACUACGACCGCGGCUAUCGAUUCAGCACCUACGCGACGUGCGCCGUGCGGCGCGACCUCUGCCGUCACGUGAUGACGCAGCGGCGAGACUCACAGCGGUUCAGCACCGGCGCGGACCUGCUGCUCAACGACGUCGGCGCCGAGCCCGGCGACGCCCAGCACCUCAGCGAACCCGAGUGGGGCGUACUCAACUCGUCUCUCGUGCAGAUGAUUCAGCGCCUCGACGAGCGCGAGCGGUUCAUCGUCACCCACCGCUUUGGCCUCGGCGACGGCGCCAAGCGGGCCUCCUACAACCGGCUCGGACAGCGGAUGGGCAUCUCGAAGGAACGCGUUCGGCAGCUCGCCAACCGGGCGAUGGAGAAGCUGCGCGAAUGGGCGCCCGAUUAUCGACUCGAGGCUUUGGUAAGUUGA